AUGCCCGCUACUUACGACCAAGAUCUCGACUCCUUCAUCAACUUCGAUCAACUCACCUACACAUCCGCCGACUCCCGUCCCAAGGUCGCCCUCGCUAGUCAACCCUCCGUCGCCAGCACCGACUUCAGUGCAAGUGAUGCCCGGAGUGCCAGCUUCGCGUCAAGUGGUCAAUCUCCCCUCGCUUUCCAGGCCCCGAGCCACCACUACGAGGAACACCGCCAGCAGACUGGUCUACCUCCCGGUGCCUUGUCGAUGACCUACAACCAGGUCAACCCAAUGGGAUUCAACAAUGCCCCUCAAGGGUACCCCGUCAACGGAGAGAUGUUCCAAGGUCACAUGAAGCGCGAGGAUGUUCCCUUCGACUUCAACGCCGCCUCGACCCGCCAGCCAUCUGAGAUGGACGUCGAGGCCGACGGCAUGAAUAACGCCCCCUACUUCUUCUCUGCCAACUCCGGAAAGAGCGAAUAUGUCGACCCUAACGCUCUCGGCGGCCAUGAGCUGGCUCAGGCUGGUCCCUCCACUCAGGUCGGUCGCAUGUAUCCCGGUAUGCAUCAGCAGCAGGCUGCGAUAGCUGCCAAGGCCGCCCAGCAACAGAAGCAAAACGACGUGCUCCGCCAGCAGCAGAUGCAGCAGCGUCGUGUGGAGGAGAGCCAAAAUGCCCCCGUCCGCACCGUCCGUGGUAGCGAUCCCAUCGUUGAGGAGCGCAUCUCUCGUCUACUCCAGCAGAUGCGUCAGCAGGCCAUCGCAGCGGGCGAGACUUCUCCUUCUCCCUCUUCCAUCCUCCCUCACAUGGCCAAGUCCAAGAAGGACGAGGCCGCCAUGGAUGAGGAUGAGCGUCUCCUCGCUAGUGAGGAGGGCAAGAAGCUCAGCAGUAAGGAGCGUCGCCAGCUCCGCAACAAGGUCUCCGCUCGUGCUUUCCGCUCUCGUCGCAAGGGUACGUACAUUGGUCAACUCGAGAGUGAAAUUGCUUCCCGUACCAACGAGUCUCACGAGCUGCGUCUGCAGAACCGCCAGUUGUUCGAGGAGAACGCUCGCCUGAACGACCUCGCCCGCAUGCUCCUCGGCUCCCCUCACUUUGCAAACUUCCUGAAUGAGAUGCCCGACAACACCGUGCCGCCCCAAAUUCAAGCUCAGCAGCAGCAACAACAGCAGCACCAGCCUCAGCACGCUGCCCCUCAACCCAACAUGCAGGCCGUUCCCAAAGAAGCCCCCCGCCACCAGGAAUACCAAAUGCAGCAGAACCCUCAACCCGGUAUGGUCAUGGUUCCCAACCAGGGAAUGGACGCCUCCAUGAUGAACAACGCCGGCUGGAACUCAGGUAUCGACAUGAACUACGGCAACAAUCCCGUCUUCGCUGUGCUCGACGUUCCAGAGGGCCCUGCUCUUGAUUUUGCGGCUCUCUCUGGGAAGUCGUCGAAUGUGUCUGAUAGCAAGGACGAGGCCCCCAUUCUUGACCUUCCUGAGCGUCAGAUCUCGACCCAGCAGUCCGACGUCGGUAUCGCUAACCCCGAUGUUGAGAUUGACGAGUCCGACCCUGCCUUCGCUCUCUUUAUCGAUUCUCCCGUUCAUUCUACUGCUUCCGAUGACGUUGUUUCCUUUGAGGGUGUUCAAACCGACAAGGCUGCUCCCCAUUUCGAGCUGGUUGUCGAUCAGACCGCCGCCAACCAAAAUCGGUUCAACUGCCUUUGCUCCAGUAUGGAAGCUGCCUUUGAUCGCGUGUCCUUAUUGACCUCUCACCUUCAAUCCAGCGGUACUUUGUUUACCGCGGUCUUCGGCGCUGUCGCCUGGCGCGUUCAUCCUUCGGCCUCAAGCUUAACGUCAAUCGCCCUGCGCGCAGGCUAUCACAGCUCUUCGAAUAAACCUGCCCCGAGGCCACAUCAUUCAGGCCUCAAGCGCCUCGCUGCCAAAAGAUCCCCGGUCCUUGUAUCCAAGACACUGCUAGUCUCGAAACCUGCACGCCCCCGAGCUCGGAAGCCGCAACGCGAGCACAACCAAGACACUAUUCCUGCUGCGAAUCUUCUUCCAUCGUCUGCCACCAACCGAAACGAGAAAUACGUCAUCUGCGAUCCUAUAGCUCUUAAGAGACCCGUCGAUACCUCCCGUCCAGACUAUAAGCGUGGCAUCGCACCUAUGAAGUUCUUCUACGAGAUCAUCUCGACUCCGACCGCCGACACACCCGGCACGGUUGUCAACCUCCACUUCCCCGACAAGCGAUACUUCUUCGGUCAGAUCUCAGAAGGAGUUCAACGAGCAUGUAUCGAACGCGGUGUCAAGCUGACCUACCUGUCCGACAUUUUCAUCACGGGCCGCACCGAAUGGGCAAACUUGGGUGGACUGAUCGGUGUAAUCUUGACACUGGCAGACUCAACAUCAAACUCUGCGGCAGCUCUUGAGGAUGAUACCCGCAAGAAAGCAGAGCGGAAACGGAUCUCCCGUUCCGAAGGCAAGACGCAGCUGGAACCAGUCGCGCAUUAUCAUGCCGGAACGGGUCAGGAUAGGGCUGAUGUGACGAUUCAUGGAGCUACAAACCUCGCGCAUACUAUGGCUACUGCCCGACGCUUCGUUUUCCGAAAGGGUAUGCCUGUGUACAUGCGCGAGUACGAUUCCGAACUUAUGGCGAAACAGGUACCGGCAGAUAAAGAAGAUCCUUUCGAAGAUCCUUCAUGGUCUGAUGGGAACAUUAAAGUGUGGGCUCUCCCGGUCAAACCAGCCUCUUCAAGCAGCCCUAAGCAGCCCUGCCAGCCUCGGGCACAGAGCCCGCGGAAGCGGAGCUUGGGCGAGUUCCAAGAGACUAUUGGUCAAGAUCAACUCAAGAUCGACCAGCGUGCCAAGGACCAGUUGAUGAGACAAUCUGUUGUGUCGGAUAUGUUCAACUCUUCUUGGAAGAUGGACGCUCUAGUCGAGACUCCAUUGGCCCAAGUCAGGAUGCCCGCAGCCAUGUUUGUGCGCAACCCGGACACCAAGGACAUCGAGCCCUACAAAGGCCCUGUGCCUGGCGAUAAAGGACCAUUGCCUGAUAUUAAGGUGAUGGUUCGGCAGCCAUGGCCUGGUGCGAUGGUUGACAAGCUGCCGCCCACCACCCCUUCGAAGGAAGCUGUCUCCUACAUCAUCCGCAAUCAUGACAUCCGUGGCAAAUUUGACGCGGCUAAGGCUAAGGCACUGAAGGUUCGCUACGGUCCAGACUACGCCAAAUUAACACGCGGAGAGAAUGUUCUGUCAGAAGACGGCCAGACCAUCACUCCUGACAUGGUAUUGGGCGCUCCAAAGCUUGGCAAGGGCAUUGCCAUUAUCGAUUUGCCUUCGCCUGAUUAUGUUGAAGACCUACUAAGCCGGCCUGAAUGGAACUCGCCUGCUGUUACCACUGAACUCAAGGUCUUUGUCUGGAUUCUAGGCCCUGGUGUGGGCGAUCAUCCUAAGCUCCGAGAGUUUGUGGCGAGCAUGUCCCACUGCAAACACACUGUGUCCAGUACUGACUACUGUCCAAACUAUCUGGCACUCCAGAGCUCUGCCGAAGCUUCCAUCCGCUUGGCUCGUCUGAAGGGCGAUAACUAUUCGAUUCCUGUUCAUGAUAAUGUUACUUUGCCCCAGGUCGGGCUCUCAACUAAUGGCUCGAGCAAGAAUACCACCUCACUGGACGACCUUCCCUUUGAGCCUCUCACACCCGGAUUGAUUGUCGACAUGGAACCGAACUUCAAGAUCAACAAGGAUGAGGUCUUCCAGUUUUUGAACACUGCAAAGACAUUAGAAACGAUUCCGCGCGCUGUUGAGCAGCGGAUGGAGGUCAUUCGCACUCGUACCCGCAAGCCUGAAUUCCAAAAACAAUUAGCUGAAAUGCGCGAGAAUCUCCCCGGUGCUGAGGCUGAGAUCAUCGCUCUCGGCACAGGCUCAUCUGCCCCAUCCAAGUACCGCAAUGUCUCUGCUACUUUAGUCCAUGCCCCUGGGUAUGGUUACUAUCUGCUGGACUGUGGUGAGAACACCCUUGGUCAGCUUCAGCGAGUCUUCGAGCCUGAAGAGCUACGCGAGGUGCUACGGAACUUACGUAUGAUUUGGAUCAGCCAUUUGCACGCUGAUCACCAUCUUGGCACUGCCUCGCUCAUCAAAGCUUGGUACCGUGAAAAUUACGGAGCAGACUACAACCCGUCAUCUCAACCCGAGACCGAUUUGAACAAAAUCCUGCAGGAGAAGAAUCGCCUCUUCGUUGUGUCCGAGGAAAUGAUGAUCGCCUGGUUAGAAGAGUAUGCCUCUGUUGAGGAUUACGGCUUCGAUAAAAUUGUUCCUCUCAUCGCACACCCUGAGCCUCGUGGCAACUCUAUCAAGACUACGUUUACUUACCGACACCCACGCAACGGUGCUGCCCCUUACGGCCGGGAUUCAGCGAACAGAACUGUCCUUGACUUCAACGACAACUCCUCUUAUCUCACACACCUUCUCAAGGAAAGCACCCGCCUAGACGAUAUUCUCACCGCUCGUGUGAAGCAUUGCAAGGGUGCUCUCGCCAUUUCUCUCGUUUUCCCAGAUGGGUUUAAGGUGUCCUAUUCAGGCGACUGCCGACCCUCGGAUAAGUUUGCCUCCAUCGGCCGCGACUCAACGGUGCUCAUUCACGAAGCCACUUUCCAAGACAACAUGGUAGGCUCAGCCCUCGCUAAGCGGCAUUCUACUACCGGAGAAGCAUUGGAGGUAGGCCGCCGGAUGGGAGCCCGUGCCGUUCUCCUUACCCACUUCAGUCAACGGUACCAAAAGAUCGCCCAUGUCGACGAAUGCGCCGGCACCCAGCACCAUGACGAGGUCACCACGACGCGGCAAGCUCGGGCAACCGCAGCGAGGGAGGCUGGCGAGGCCGACAUUCCUCUGGACGAGCCGGAAGAAAACUUCUCGAAAUUACCGUCCGGUGCUCAACUCCUGGAUGACAUUCGCUUCCCUUCUGCUGGCCGACCGAGCCUACCGCCUAGCAACAGGUGGAUUCCCGGCAAGAACGCCCCUAUCGCUACUGCGAUGGACUACAUGCGUAUCAAGGUUGGCGAUCUAGCAUACGCGCAAGCCUAUGCGCCUGCCAUUGAAAAGCUGGUUGAUCUCAUGGAGCGCAACUCCGAGCAGUUGGCGGAAGAAGCAAAGAAGAAGCUGCAGGCGGAGGAAGAGGCUCGCCAGGCGAAGAAAAACAAGAAGUCUGGUAAGGGGAAAGCUGCUGCCGCUGCUGCUGUGGCUAUCGCUGCUCCGGUCUUGGGCGAGCCUGAAGAGCCUCAGAGAUCUGUCUUCAGUGCCAGUGAGAGUGAAAGCGGCUGGGAGACUAGUGACUAUGAGGAGUAA